AUGGCUUCUUCCAAGUCUCGGUCAGGCAGGAGCUCGCAGACAGUCCUGAGCGGAGCUACGCUUUACGACGUCGAGGAAGAGGAGCCAGUCCAGCCACCAAGAGAAUCGUCUAUCCUUCGAAAGCAACGGCAAUGGAAGGAAGUUACUCAACGAGAUCGCAGAUCACCUUUACCGCGCGAAGUCUUGGGCCAGAGUUUCCGCGAGUCUCUGAAGCAACUUGCUCAUUCCAAGACAUCACCUCACACUACAGACAUCUCAUAUAUCGAAAGCCUAGCGAGACAGGAUGAUACUGGCCAAAAAGCGCCGCUGAACAAGAUCAAAAGCGGUAAACGCGUUACCCAAGGACCGAAGGGUAACGUUGCUUUCGUCGAAGACGUCGAUUAUGACGGCGAGUCCGACUCGCCAUCGACAAAGUCAAUGUCAUCAUUCGAUAGUAUUCAUCCGAGUGAUGCAGCUUCCGAUAGGAUUCUACCCACCAUGACGCCGCAGCCUCAGCCGCAAGUCAGCGACUCUCUCCAAACCCCCAGACAGACCAAGCAGACCAGGCCCAACAACGGUACCUGUAUUCAUGUCAAUCCCCAAAAUCCUCAGGAUGUCGCAAUUCUCACAGAGCUUGAUAUGACUGAUGAUCUGGAGGAGGAUCUGGAAGAAUAUUCAAGGCUUGUGAGAAUGGGGCGAUUCAAAGCUGCUAGAAGAUGUUUCGAAGAUCGACUGGUGCAUUUCAUCGAUAAUCUCUACAUUUUAGAUCAAUACUGCUCGACUCUCUUGGCGAUGUCGGACUUUCAAGCACUGUCCCGAAUUGCGAAAGAAUUUGCAAUGGAACUUCGUCCCGGAAUAUACCUCAUAAACAUCUUGACGCGGUUUCUCCAAGCUGAAGUCCUGAGUGGGCUCGAGAUACUGUCCAACGAAGCGAAAAACAAAUAUUCGUCAUAUAUAGCUGACGACUUGGAAACGAUUGCUGAAAUGCGAAAUCACUGGCCGGAGCUGGACUCCACGGAAACUGACUUGAAUCAGCUCCAAGUGAUGAUGGACAGCUUCACCAUCAAAGGCGGCAUCAAUUACUUCCGGCCUCUCGAGUGUGCCCCGGUCUAUCUACAUCUAAAGGCUGAAGGAAGGAUUUGGGACUUCAAAGACCUGCUCGACAGACUCUUGCCCAUGGAGUCAACUUCUGUUUGCACGACGCUAAGACUUUUACUCCAGAACUCUGGAGACGAUAGCGACGAUCAUUUGACGAUAUUGCUCCAAAGAAUCGAAGAUGACUGGGUUAGUGCGGCAGACGAAGUCUCGUCAUUUGCUCUGCUAGAAAUAUUCACGACACUUACUCUAGCCUCUAUGAGCCGGCAGACGAGCAUCCUCAUGGUCAAAAAGAUCUUUCAGUUUGCCCAAGGCCACGCCCAAGAAAUCCUUGAAGCGAACCCAAUCAACUCGAAAACUCGACCAUAUCUCUGCUGGAUCGUGACCAAAGUUUUGGUAGAGCAAUACAAAAAUCCAAAAAUAACUGGAAUAUUCGCUUUGGCAUCCCAUCUAAAACGACUGCCAGGAAAGAGCUGGCAACCUGAAGUGGCUCUGCCAUUGAGCUGGAUGGUGCUGUACGCGCCAGAUGAGGACGAAGACCCAAAAUGGCAUCCUGAUCCAUCUACCACCGCUGGGCACGACAAUGCUCUACGAACGGUCCUUGGAGUUGCGGAACAGCUCGGAGAUACACCUCUGCAGGCAACUUGCCUUCAGCUCUUGAUCUAUCAGUGUCCUCAGCCACGGCCACUAUUAGACAAGUUAGGUGACUUAUGGCGCUCGAAGGGAGCAUAUCUGGGCUACAUUCAAACCCGGAUGUACUGUUUUAUACCGGAAAGUCUCUCAACACCUGAGACUCGAGAGAGCAUUCGCCAGGACAUUCUCCUCGCUGGUGAGGUCUCCUCGGGAGGGCCAGUGUCACACGCGCGAUCCAUGAUUCUGAGAGCUCUUUCUCCAGGCGACCCGAGCCACCUAGAAAAGAACUUGUAUCUGGGACGAGCGUGGGAAGCCAUCAAUAUCCCCGGGUAUCUGAAUAUAGGGACACAGGGACAGAAUGGAAGAUCCAAUGGAAGUGAUAUUACAAGAAACGUGCUCGCUGGUCCAACCACACUCUCACAUCCCUGGACAGAGCCUUCAGAUGUCGCUCAUCAAGUCAAGAACCAAAGCCCAACUGGAAAGGCUCAGGGGAAUCAGAAAAGCGAACACAAUCACGAAAGAUUAGGGAGCAGUGUUCCACUGUCCAGACAAGACCAAAACCGCGCUAAAGCAGAGCAUACAACAAUCAGAGGCAGCAGUGAAACGCUGUACGGCAUCUCAAGCCCCCAACCAGUCAAGUUUCCACGGCCUAGGUUGCAGAAGAUGCAUGCCAGUGAAGGAAGAUCGAACUUCCCCGCAAGAUCCAUACCGCCUCUUGUUCCGGCAACUAACUUUCCUGCUCGUUCUCACAAGGGCAAGGGGAUCGCGAGAAAUGUGGGUGGUGAUGAAUCUCAGCCUGGACGCGGAAAGGCAGAAAGCGAUGAAGAAAGCAAACAAGCGAAACCUCGAAAUGAAGCGCCAGAAAUGUCGGACGCCGACAAGGAGAGAGGUCGCGAGCGACAAAAACUGAGUGAUCGGUUCAGUUCCUUAAGAAUCGGAGAUUGA